AGCAUGAGUGAAUGAUCUUUUAAAUACCAUACAAAUCUGUCAUUAUGAAAAUAGAAUAAAAAAUGCUAAAAAUAUAAGGUUAAAAAAUACUAUGUAACAAUAUAAAAUAAAAUAAAAACGAUAGAUAAUUCAUGUCCCUAAAUGAUCUCUGAACCAGUGAAGAUUAAUGGCGGAAGAAGAUAACCUCAAGGGCGCUAAAUUGAAUUGAAUGAAGUCCAACAGAUUUCAGCGUCUCCUCUCUCUCUUAUAAUCAAAUUCCUUGUCCCUAAUAUCAUCUUCUUCUUCUUCUUCAUUGCCCGAUGCGCCGUGUCCUCCUGCACGGGGCAUUCCAGGCUCUCUCUCUCUCUCUCUCUCUCUCUCUUUCUCAAAUUAAAAAAACAAAACAAGCCAUAGAAGAUUUCUAGAAAUUAGAAACUAAUUAAUUAAAAUAAAUAAAAAAAAAUAAGAAAUGUCGGUGCGCAGUAUUCUAAUUUCCUGGGUCUUCAUCGCGGCUCUGAUUUCAAUCGGCGCGGCGCAGGACAACGACGAUCCGGAAGCGGCGGCGGCGGCGGAGGGGGACGGCGGCGCUCCGAAGCCCCCGAAGGAAGCGCAGGACUGCAAUGGCAUAUUCGCCUCAUACAUUUCGCAGGGGCGGGAGAAGGAAUAUCCGUACGUGAAGAACGCCACGGCGCAGUCGUGGGCGUUCAAGGCCACCGCCACCGUCAUUAAUAUGGGGGCCGAGGAGCUCAAGUCCUGGCAGCUCUAUGUCGGAUUCCAGCACGACGAGAUCCUCGUCACCGUCGACGGAGGCGCCGUCGUCGACGGCGAAGGCUCCCCCGUCCACGUCGGCAAGAACGGCACCAUCCUCGCCGGAUCCCCUCAGUCCGACCUCAAAACCGCCAUCGACACCGCUAACGAUUUAACGCAGAUGCAGGCGCAGGUUAAGAUUAAAGGAACCCAAUUCGGCGGCGCCGCCAAAGACGCCGCCAUGCCCAAAACGAUCAAGCUCGUCAACCCCGAAUAUAAAUGCCCCGCCCCCGCCAAGAAUGGUGGCACUAUGCACGUGUGCUGCAAAAAGGAUCCAAAAUUCAAGAAGAAGGAAUUCGGGGCACGGCAGUACGGCGAUCUUCAUUUAAUGUACGAUGUUCUGCAAGCCGACAGCAAUAAAUAUCUGGCGCAGGUCACCAUCAACAACAACCACCCGUUGGGCCGUCUGGACCAGUGGAAUCUGACGUGGACAUGGAUGAGGAACGAGUUCAUCUACACCAUGAAAGGAGCCUACACGCACGAGAAGGGUGCCUCCGACUGCAUCAACGGCCCUCAGGGACAUUACUACAAAGACUUCGAUUUCACCAACGUCGUCAACUGCCAGAAAAGCCCCCUCAUCGCCGAUCUCCCUUCCCAGCUCGAAAACGACGACAAAUUAGGCAAACUCCCCUACUGCUGCAAAAAUGGAGUCCUCCUCCCCAAAUCCAUAAACGAAACCCAAUCCAGAGCCAUUUUCCAAAUGCAGGUCUUCAAACUCCCGCCGGACCUCGACCGGAACGCCAUAACGCCGCCGCAGAACUGGCGGAUAGUGGGCCGGGUCAACCCGACCUACAAAUGCGGGCCUCCUCUCCGGGUUGAACCGACCGAAUUCCCCGACCCGAUGGGGCUCGACGCCACGGUGCCGGCGAUCGCCAGCUGGCAGGUCACGUGCAACAUCACGCGCCCGAAGCCGAAGCAGAACCGGUGCUGCGUCUCCUACUCUGCCUACUACGCCGACGCCGCCGUCUCCUGCGACACGUGCGCCUGCGGCUGCGACGGAAACAACGACGGAAAAUGCGACGCCAACGCGCCGUCGAUGCUCCUCCCCGUUGAUGCCCUGCUCGUCCCUUUCGCCAACCGGACGGCGAAGGCCAAGGCGCUGGCGCAGAUGCACCACCACAAAAUCCCUAAAAAGCUUCCCUGCCCCGACAACUGCGGCGUGAGCGUGAAUUGGCACGUCGACUCCGACUACAAGAACGGGUGGACGGUGAGGGUCACCAUCUUCAACUGGGAGGAGGACCCCUUCGCCGACUGGUACGCGGCGGUGCAGAUGAAGCCCGGCUACAAGGGUUUCGUGAGGAUGCACUCUUUCAACGCCACCAAGGUGCCUACGCUGCACAACACCAUAAUGUUCAGGGGCACCAAGGGCAACAAUUAUCUCGUCGGAGAGACGAAUUCGUCCCACCCGGACAAAGAUCCACCGGUGCCCGGAAAGCAGCAGACCGCCAUUACGUUUUCCAAGGCGGAGUCGCCGGACUUAGACGUCGUGGCCGGCGAUGGCUUCCCCGCCAAGCUUAUUUUCAAUGGGGAGGAGUGCGCGCUUCCCACGCGCCUCCCUAAGCGGAACGGUGCCGCCGCCGCCGCCGCUCCUGGAUUGGGUGCCGCCGCCCUGCUCAUUGCUCUUUUCACUAGCCUGCUCUUGAUAGGGACUAAUUAAUUAAUUCUCAAGAAUGAGAAAAUUG